AUGAUCCGCGUCGUGCGCGCGCCUCCGCGUCUCGCGCAGCGCCUCAGCGCUGCGACACGCGCCCACGGUCCAUGCCACACACCGCCGCGUCUUGCGCCCGUGCUCAGCGCAAAGCCCUUCAGCAGUGCCCGUCGCUGGACGACAGACGACUCGGAGACAGCGCUCGCGCAGCAGCUGAUGGACUGGACGACGCGCGCGACGGACGACAAGGCCGACGACAUAAUGAACGCCCAGGCAGCGUCGACCGUGCAAGCCGAGCUGCCCGUGAAUGGCGUUGUAGUAGGCGUCCAGAACGGCCUGGCGCGCGUCUCGGGCCUGCGACAUGCGGCGAUCGGCAGCGUCGUGGCCGUGGCGGACGCGGAGGGCCAGUUUUUGUGUCGAGGCCUCGUGCUGUGUCUCGAGCCAAAGUGCGCGCAGGUGGCGUUACUGUCUGUCCGCGACACCGCACAAGCCCCGGUGACCAAUGGCCUCGCGGUCACGCUCGAGCACGAGCAGCUCGAGAUCAGCGGCAGCGUCGCUGCGUUUGCGGGUGCAGUGCUGGACCCACUGGGACGGGCGCUGCCGGACGGAGCAGACGCUGCGGCAGCUGCAGCAGCAAACGACCGCGUGCGCGUCACGUGGAGCGCGCAGAGUGUGCCGGGCGUUAUAGUCCGUGCGCCACUGUGCUCGCCGUUUGCCACGGGCCUGCUGGCCAUUGACUGUCUGCGGCCAAUGGCUCAUGGCCACCGCUUUGGAGUGCUGGGGCCGGUGAACUCGGGCAAGACGCGCGUCGCGCUGGACGUGAUUGCGCAUCAAAUAGCGCUGGCGAAGGCCCGUCACGAGCGGCCGCCGCACUUUGUGUACGUGUGCAUUGGCAAAAGCGCCGCGCGGGUUCGUCAGAUUCGCGACGCCCUCACUGUGACGGGCGCAAUGGAGUGCACGACUAUUGUUGCGGCAAGCGAUCGGGACUCGCUCGUGCUGCAGUACUUGGCGCCCUUCACCGGCUGUGCGAUUGCUGAGUACAUGAUGCACAAUGGCAACUCUCGCCAGAGCGUCGUGGUGUACGAUGACUUGGCUACACACACAACUGUCGUGGAAGGAUUGGUGCAGUUGCUGCGGCUGCCUCGCGCUGCGCAGAUCAGUCUCAGUGCACACGCGGUGCUGAUGGAACGCUCGGCUCAGUUUCGAGGCAAAUCCGAGACGGAGGUCGGGCCGUCGCUCACGUCGCUCGUGCUGGUGAAUGCGCUGGACAGUCUCGAGAUUCCGUCGGAGUUUCAAGAGCGCGUGGCGUCGCUCGUUGAUGACUUUGUUGGUCUAGAAACGUCUCUUGCGCAGCGUCGGGUGUUCCCGCCGGUGGACGUGCUGGCACCUGGACCAUCAGUCCGCGGUCCACCGUUUCAGUCGGCAACGCGCUGGACAUUUGUGAGUCGUCUGCGUGCACGUAUCAAUGCAGCUGCGCAAGUCAAGCACAAUGUGGAGGUCGCGCGCAAGCUAGGUUUUGAAACCGAGCCGCAGGACGCAGAGAGGCUGGAAUAUCUGGAGCUUGUGCAGCAAUUUUUCUCGCAAAAGCCUUUGCUCGCAUCGAUGACGCCUGGAUCGCAAGGCACGGCAGUGACAGAGCUGGAGAUCGAGCUGGGUGUGUACUUCUUGACUAUUGUAGACGUGGUCCAACUUCCUGGCAGUGCAGGUGGUGAGGGGACACCAUUGAACCUGUGGGAGUUUCUGCGUGACGUCGUGGCCAGGCUUUCUCGAAAGGAAAGUCACGAUAUCUUGCAGCAGCUGACUACACACCCACGUACGAAGGCAUGGACGUUGGAUCUCCAAAAGAACGUGGCGUCGGCGCUCUGUGAGGAGCUGGAGGCAGUCAAGCUGCGACGAGUGCAGGGAACAGCAGCAAGUAGAGUGUAA